GCCUCCGCCUUCUUUGGCGCUUCCACCACCACGGUGUCGCCCAGUGAAGUGCCGGUGCCCACGGAUCAGCCGUCACCCACCUCGCCUGCGGGGGCUGGGGAACCCUGGGAACCGGGAUGGCGGGCGGUCUUGAAGCCGCCCGCCACAGCGGUGACAGCGGCUGCACCAGCGGCUGCACCAGCGGUGACACCGGCG